CGCGAAUCGUGGCAGAUCUGGCACCAGCGUUUGUGUACCGUCAGCUAGUAGAUCCCGUCGACCACCGACUCAAUGGUGGUGUCUGCGGCAUCUCUCGUGCACAUGCUUCUGGUCCUCAUGGUCUUGAUCUCCGUCCAUGUGUCGUACGGCAGGCUGGUCGGCCACAUGCAGCACUUUGCAUUCACCCCCCUCACAGCCACAAGCCAACGGAGAUCUCUCAGGACGCUUCUCAAUCAGCAGCGGCGAGUCGAGCAGCGAGUCAGUCAGGUGCAGCCUGUCGACAUCAAUGCUCCCGCUCCUGCGCAAGUGCGGAUACCUCUCAGCCACUUCCCCCUCACUCGGGAAGACGGUGUCGACGUGGUUGACCCAGCAGCCGAGGAGCUAGCAAAGUUCGAUGGCGAUUUUGAUAGGGAUGAUUGGGCUGCGGUAUUCAGGACCCAGAGGGCGGAGUUCGCUUAUCGGAUACACCACGUGGAGGGCACCAUCCCGCGCGACCUCAACGGAACCUUCUGGAAGAUCGGGCCAGGUAAACCACCGAAGGGAGUGGGAUUGGCGGCUGGCUGGCUGGAUGAAUGCGUGCAAAUGCAUCCUGUUGUUGUGCCUGCGUACCUUCAGCUCUUUUUAAGCGAGGCAACUCGACGAUAGCCAACUUCAAUGACGGCGACGGCUAUCUCACGGGCAUCUCGUUCCAGGACGGCCAGGCAUGGCUCCGAUCAAGAUACGUCGUCACUCCCGACUACCGCCAGGAGUCAGCAGCUGAACAGUUCCUCUUCCGCGGCUGUUUCGGCACCAGACGCCAGCCAAACACCCCAUACUCGCACCGACAGCGCCUGACCGGCCUUAUCAGGAGGCUGAGAGGGUCGUCAGAGGAGCCGUCGCAGAUCGAGCACCUCGCUGAGAACGCCUUCGAUGCCCGGCUCAAGACCCCACCCAACACCAACGUGGCGUUGUUCCCCCAGAAAGACGGGAAUGCCCCGCACCUUCUGGCACUGCACGAGGCGGGGCCGCCGUUCGCCGUCGAGAUGAGUGACCUCUCGACGGAGGGGAAGGAGGACUUCGAGGGGUCGGUGCGGACGGAAGGCCAGACAGCCGGCAUCUUCGGUCGCUGGCUUGACAGCCGGAUGGGCAUGGGGGCCGAGGCGGUCAAUGCACACCCAAAGGUGAACACGGCGAUGAAUUGAUAAAUGAAUGAAUGCGCUGCACUGACAACGUUGGCCGUCUCCCCCCUGACAGGUGGAUACUGAGAGCGGCAAUGUGGCAAUGUACACUUGGCAGACUCAGCCCUUGCGCGGCUCUAUGAAGGUCUUCAUACGAGAGUGGGCGCCUGACGGCACACUGCUCUCAACCACACCACACACUAUGCCAGGUCAGUCAGCACAGGCAGGGCCCGCGGAAGCGCAAUACUCGCGCAUUACCGAGCUGUCUCUCUCUGCUUACGUGUUUGGUGUCGCCGUCCGUCAGACUGCUGUGCUGCCCCCCACGAUUGGGCGCUCACCCAGUCGUAUUACGUGUUGCCCGACCCCGCCAUGUGCCUCCAUUUGAUGCCCUUUCUGAUGGGAAAGAAAGGCCCUGCUCAGUGCAUGGAGUAAGCACAGCCUCUGAAGCUAAACCCAUCAACCAGUCGAACAUACAUAUGCCAUCCAUGGUUGUGUUGGUCUUCACAGGUACCUCGACCGGCCCCUCCGCUUCCACCUGGUGCCGCGGCCGAAUGGGCCGCGGGCGGGCACAGAGCCCAUCCUGGUGGAUGUGGGCAGGGCUGGGCUGCCGAUGCACAUGGCAGGAUUUGACGACCAACACGGAAAGUAAGGGCGAGAAAAGGACUCUUGAUUGAGGCAGGCAAAUUGUCAUAAGCUGGUUCUCCCAUUUGGUUCAGUGUGGUGAUAUAUUCUGAGGCGUGGAACGAUGACAUGCUCGAGAUGCUGGAGGACGCCGAGUCGCUUUAUGGCCACAGUGACCACUACUGGCCCGACUUCGCCUCAUUCCCCAAAAUCUCGCUCUACCGGUGAGUCAAACGAAGGAAUACAGAGGCGUGUACGUGAAUGAUUGACACAUGUCUGUGUGAUCAGGAUUGUGGUCGAUGUGAGGUCUAGUCCCCCUCGUGUCAUCGAGCACCGCAUGACGCCGGGCCUCGAGCGGCUCUCGAUCGCCCACCCACGGCCACAUCCAAGGCAAGCCGCCCGCCCUCUCUGCCGUCAUCACACACAUCUCUCUCUGUCUGUUGGUCACAUGAUCUGUUUGCGAAUGUGUGCAGCCGUGAGGCGCUACCCUUCCGGCACCUCUACUCUAUGCUGUGUCAUUCCAAGGGAGGCAGAUGUGCCAGCCCACCGCAAGGCUGUGUCAGGCUCGAUGUUGCCUCUGGCGAGGCUGAUGCGUGGCACGCCGGUAGGCGGGCCUUCACCUCCCAGCCUGCCAGCGCGACAACCGAAGGGGCUUCCCAGGUCCCGAGCGACGAGAUGGCGGGCUGGCUGCUGACAUUUGUGCAUGACGUGGAGGCCGGCCGCCCAUACGUGGCUAUUCUCGAUCCCAAGGCCGUUCACAGAGGUCCUGUGGCCAAGGUGUGGCUGGAGCAUCACGUGCCGUGGGGUAUCCACACGACGUAUGUGCCCAACGUGCACAUGAAGCCUAUCGAUGACUGACUGACUGACUGACGGAGAAGGACUUGUGUGCGUAUGGACAUCGGGCCUGCCUGGGUGAGAGAUGUGUGAGUGGGCACCAGGGAGGUAGGCAGGCCUCACUGUUCCCUCCCCGCCUAUGUACAAGCGAAAGGGAGUCAGAUAAGAACUGAAUGCCUGCAUGUCUCUCUCUCUCUCUCUCUAUGUGUGUGUGUGUGUGUGCGUGUGUGUUGUUGGCACCCAUCCGUACCGCAUCGAGAAAGACUGUGAGGUGUACACAGGGCUGUCAAGGCCAUACGUCGCAUAUCCGGUCAUCCGUCCGUUCAUACCGAGGUAGAGGGGAGCCGGGUGUGGUGAGGGCGCGCGAGCGUGUGUAGACGAGGGAGGGGAGGGGAGCGGGGUGGCACUUCAAGCACUUCCUACUCGAUUGGUCUACAUUUCUUUUUCUGUGUGCACGUCUGCGUGUGGGUGUGUGAGUGAAUAUGUGUGUGUGAAAGGAUUCAUGACGCGGGGGUGUUGGUCGAUUCAUGCUCCCUUCAUGAUGAUUUUGCCCCCUCAGCACUUCCCUGCCUGCCUGUGUGUGUGACCUUUUAGUCAUCGAUUGCGACUCAUUUUGGCGCGACUGAGUUUUCUUCCUCUCUGUGUCGAUACAUGACAGAUACGCGCGCGAGAAAGAGAGGGAGAGAGAGAGAGUGAGUAGAGCGUGGCGUGUGGUGUAGUGCAGUGUGCGGGCUUUGUCAGGAGAGAAGUCAGUCUGUAGGACACUGAGUGAGACAGCCAGUGAGUGACUAUGAAUUGGGCCCUCGGGCGUGUAGGAUGCAUGCCUAUAUUGGUUGUUGAGCAGUAUGGAGUCCAUCAACCAGAUCAAUGAACGAGGCGAGCAGUUUUAUGCAUGGUCGUCGAGUUGUCGGACUCUAUGCUCCAGCAGCCAUCCAUCGGCAUGGGCGAGCUUUAGUGCGUUCGGGGACUUGAUGUGUUCAAUGCGGG